GACAGGUAUAUUGCGAAAUCUCCGCGACCAGGGCUGCACAGUGCUGGUCUAAAAGUUAAACGCGGGGUCGGAGAUGUAUAGCGUUGAGGACGGGCCACGGGAUUUUUUAAUAAGAAACAAAUUACAAGCCCGCUCGCAAAACUGCAAAAGCGCGUAUUUCAUGCUGUUUAAUGUGUCCUACUUAAGUGCGAUUAGCCAGUGUUUGUGGUCCCGGAUGCACCGAAUAUGCGACUUGUGUUGUUUUUGUGCCGGCAAUCGAGUAAAUUAAACCGAAAUUUUUUUCUUUCCCAAACUGCAGAAAAGUGACAAAUAAUCCGUGGCCUGCAUCUGCAAGCGCGCGGGGGGCGGCCAGAUAAAGAAAGAGCAGAGCGCAAAGAAAGAGCGAAAAUCGCUGUUGAUUAACUUUCGGGAAUCAAAACCGAGGGCCCGUCGCGUUCGCAUUUGUUUAUGUUUUUCUAAAGAUUGUUUUUGUGUGUUGAAUUCCUGCGGAUCGGUUGCAAAUAAUAUAAAAGGAGAGUAAAAGUGAAAACAGGCUGCGGCUAUUUGUUGUUGGUGGUGUACGUGCAGAAACGGAAAGAGACACAUCCCUCCUCGUCCCCCGUCCCCCCGUCCACCGUCCACCGUCGCAGGAGAGGUGGGAGAGGAGUGCGAGUGUGAGUGGUCGUUGACGUUGUUUUCGUGUGACACACAGAGGAGAAGAAGAAACACGCGGCGCUGCUGCUGGCGGCGGCCUCGCGCUUCUAUCAUCCAAAAGGGCGGGAAGGCAGGAAGCAAAGAAGGUUCUCUUCUCUCGUGCGUGUGCGUGUGCGCUUGCCGCUUGCUCGGAAAUGUCGAGGGGGGGCGAACAUAAGCGUGUCUCCCUUACUUCAAUCAUCCAGAGCGAAUCCGUGUUCUCGAGAUUCGGCAGCAACAUAUUGGAGCCGGAGGUGCCGGCCGUCCAAAACAAGCCAGCAAAGACAACGAAAAGCAUUCGCAUCAAUCUCAAACUCUUCGAGACGGACACCGUCAACUAUCCAGAGUUUAAUUAUUCGAAGCUAUUGUAUUUGGAGAAGAAAAAGGCCAAGAAGCUUAAGCUAAAGACUGGCAACGGUUUCAGCAGCAGCGAUCCGUUUGCCGACAACGAUGACGAUGUUCAACGCAUUGCCAAAGAGCUGGAGGCCAAGUAUGGCACCGCCUAUGCCAGAGGACGUGGACGCAGCAGAAGGGAAGAUCAUCGGGACAUUGGCGUGGGCUACGAUGACACCGACUCCUUCAUUGACAAUUCAGAAGCGUACGAUGAAAUCAUACCCGAGGAGGUGGAGACCCUUGAGGGGGGCUUCUACAUCAACUCCGGCGCCUUAGAGUUCAAACCCUUGACCAAGAAAUCCUACACCACUCGAACGGAUGCGAUCAUCAAAAUGCCAGAGAGAUCGCGCAAGCGCAUCGUCUCCUCGAGUUCCGAAAGUUCAUCCUCUUCCUCCUCCUCGUCCUCGUCUGGCGAGGAUAACGAAGACAACAACAACGGAUCGGAUGGUGAUGGGUCAUCAGACAGCGAGUCGGAGGAAUCUGACGAUGAUGAUGAUGAUGAUGAUGAUGAGGAGGACUCUGAUAGCGAGAGCCUGGACGAUGGCGACUCUGCGAACACAGCAAAGUCCAACUCCAAUGACAAGUACAAAUCCAAUCAUCAGGCAAAGAGAGCGAAGAUCACCUCUGGCGGUGGCGGGUCGGGUUCUGUGGCAACCAAAUCCAAGUCAAAGUCAAAGUCCAGUGGUUCUGGCUCCAGCACCACCAGCACCACAAAGCCCACCAAAACGCUGACCGUGACCUCCUCUUCGUCGAACUCGCCGCGACCCAGUGCCGUGGACAAUUCCGAUUCGGAGGUGCGUCAGGCGCAGGCCCAGGCCCUCAAGAAGGUGGUCAAGACCACGACCGUCAAGGACAUGCUCAAGGCCAAAAGGGAUAGCUUCCUCAAGUCACAGAGCGGCACAGCUGCGGUCAAAGGAACUGUUGUCAAUGGCGAACUGAAGUGCCAUUCCACGGAUGAUCUGGAGACCAGCUGUGACACCGACUCCGUCCCAGAUCAGGCCACGAUGGAUAAAACGCCAAAGGGCCAGGGCCAGGGCCAAGGCCAAGCACAAGCUGGUGAAAAUCUGCGAACGGCUGACACGCAGCUGCCGACAUCCCUGGACGCGGAUAUACUGAACACCGUCAACUGUUUCAAGGAGACGGUCAAAAGCCGCGACAUGUGCGGCAAAAAGUUCACGCUGGACAACAAUCUCAGCUCCCUGCUUCUAAAGGUCUACGAGGCACUGCUCUGCACGGAUCGAAACGAGCGGAAUAUGGUCUUCUCGCACAUCGAGUACCAGCUGCAGCUGCCCAAAUACUAUAUACUGCGCAAGGGCAAAGCACUGCGGUCCAAGGAGGAGAAGACGAGGACAACCAUUGCAUUGGAAAGUCUGCGGCGUGCGGUGUCCGAAUCCAUGCCCAAGGCAAUAGCCAGCUACGAAGUGGAGCUGCAUCAUUUUGCAGAGCAGGCAGCGGCGGAUGUCAAUUCGGAGGUGCCGCCGAAGAUGCCGCGCAAAAAGUUCCAGUGGACCAGCGAGCUGCGAAACCUUUUGUUCGCCGUCUAUCAUGCACGCUGGACCUCCUACGCUGUGCUCGGCAAGCGCAAGGACUCACUAGAGGAUUUCAUCAAUGGUUAUAUGAAGGAGAAGGUCGUAGAACUGUGGCCCAUGGGCUGGAUGCGCUGCGAUGAGCUGCAGCGUGAAAUCAACCGCCAAAAGAACUCCAUCAGAAGGUCCACAGAGAAGCCGAAGACUGCAGCGAAACCAACGGCCGCUGCUGCGGCUGCCACACCAGAGCCACUGCCACUGCCGCAGGCCAAUAAUUAUAUAAGACAAGUAGUAGACGAGUUGCCGCCAGGAGGAGCAGGACCAAGUCGCUCGCGUGGCAACUCGGACACGGACUCAGCUACAAGUGCCUCAUCCAAUAGCCUGAAGCGCAAGCUCAAAGAGCAGCCAACCGGCAAAACCACCAAGCCACCGAAAACAAAGCUGCCAAAGCAUCAGCAGCACCAGCCGCUCCAGCAGCAGCAGCCACUCCAGCAGCAGCAGCCCCCACCUCAAAUCCAGGUCACGCCGGCUGCAGCAGUACCUGUGAGUGCUGCUGCUGGCAAUCUGGAGAACCUUUUGUGUAUGCCCAGUACAUCGGCUCAGGCGGCUGCCUUGGCGGGCAUGCUCGGCGAUCUUGCAGCAUCCACUAGGACAUCGGACCAACACCAGAGCAUGUACAAUCUCAUAACAGCGGCAACGCUGGCAGCUGCCGCCGUCAGCAAUCCUAGCAUCACGACAAUCAACAGCCAACACACAGGCAGCAUCUGUAGCAGCAGCACUACAGCACAUUCCAAGAUGAUCAGUGGAGCACGACCAUCGCCGCAUGUCAUCAACUUGGAUGACUACCGGUGUCCCAGCGACAUCCUGCAGACAUCAAAGCAGCUGGCUGCUCAUUCCUCCACCACCAUCACGAUCACGCCCAAGCCGACGCCGACGCCCGUCAUCACCAGCACCAACAGCAGAAGCAGCAUCAACAGCAGCACCAGCCCCAACAGCGGUAGCUGCAUCUCCUACGCCACUCAGCUGCAAAGCUCUUUGGUCAAUUUGGAGAGCAGCAGCGAAUCGGAUGGCGUUGAGAUUGUGGGUGUCUAUCCAGCCGGAGCAAUGGCGAUGGCAACGGUGACAGCGACAGCGACAGCGACAGCGAAGCCGCAAACCUCCAAAACAAAGACAAAGACUCAAAGCAAGGGAAAGACAGCCACAGCCACAGCGGGGAAGGCCAAUGGAGCGUCAUCAGUGCUGGGUUUCAAAACGGACAACAUGUAUAUCUACAACCACAAGAACAACAACAACAACAACAAUAAUCAUCAUCACACUGCCAAAGUGGGUGUGGCAAUGGGACCCAGUGGAGGGAUGACUGUGGGUCAACAGCAGCAUGUCUACGAUCUCAGCAGCAACGCCCAAGUAAUGAAGACGUUGUCCGACCUGAAAAACCUUGAGAAGCAUAUGACACUUCAAAAUAGUUGGCAAAACCAGUUUUCCGUCUCACCAAGCGGUGGCGGUGGCGCCAUGAAGGGUGGAGCCGGAGCCGGAAACGGUGGAGCUGGAACAUCAUCGCAUCAAUGACCCUUGCUUAAUGCCGCACAGCCAUCGAAGGCACCAGUGUCGGCAUUCUACAAUCACGAGGCGAUGGCAGCAGCCCUCGUCCUCUCCUCGAUGAGCUCCUUGGCCAGCUAUGAUCAUCAGUUGGGUCUACUGAACGGCAGCGGCGGCACUGUGGCGGUGCCCGUGCCCGUGCCGGUCUCCGUGGCCAGUAGUUCACAUCAUGGGGGUUCCGGUUCCGUCCCACUAACCCAUACACUGCCACAAGUAUUUGUAAAGCCCUCCCCGCCUUCAGCUGCCAGCGAGGCAGCAGCCAGCAACAACACCACAUCCAUCUUACAACAACUGCCAACGAAGUUUGUUUAGCAUAAGUCCCUCUACCAUCGGAUAUCUCUGGGAUUCGUCGGGGAAGAUGCCUCCAUCAUCUUUUAAACUGUGUGCUGUGCAGGUUUCAUUCAAAUUAAACAGGACAGUAGUCCACAGUAGAGUCCUCGUCGAAUGCUCAAGCAUUUUUUGUACCGAAGAAUGUGUGCGUGUUCGUUUCGUUUCGCCUUUCCUUUUCAUACAAUUAUAAAUACAUAUUUCUAAUUAUACAUAUAUACAUCCAACAUUUAGUCGUUUAAGGAAGGAUUAGUCGAGUCGUGUGUGUAAUUUGUACUUUGCAAGAAUUAAAUAAGCUAAAUUCGGAUCUAGUUAUUUAUAGCGAACCAUUUUUAUUAAAUAAAGGAGACAAAAAUAAGUUAUGUAAAAA